ACUUCCAGGCAGCGGAGCCCGAAGCGGUCACAUCCGCCGCGGGCCCGGGCCGGGCGAGGCUGGGGCGGCGGCGCCCGGGAGAAGCCCAGAGCCCUUGCCCGCAGCCCUUGCCCGGCAUGGAGCGCGGGCCCGGAGAGGGGUGGCCUCGAGCCCGAGAUCGGAUGUUCCCAACUGGAGUUGGAAGGAGAAUGAACAGUUUGCCCCAGAAGGCUGGAGUUGGACGAUCCUAACAGAUUUUUACAGGGUGGAAGGAAAACGUAGCUUCUCCUCGUUUUAGUGCUUUUUUUUAUUUUUGUUUACAUUUUAAGAAAUUGUGAUCCCAGGAUUCUCUGCUGUCCUCAGUCCUUUCUCUGGGAUUUUAUAUCCUCCAUCCAGCUAGCCUGAUCUGUCCCCCGCCAUGAACGGCCUCUCUGUUAGUGAGCUCUGCUGCCUCUUUUGCUGUCCUCCUUGCCCCAGCCGGAUUGCUGCCAAGCUGGCUUUUCUGCCCCCAGAGUCUACCUAUACCAUUGUCCCUGAACUGGAUCCAGGUCCUGGGGGUGGGGGCUCCUCUGCUGCGAUCCUCCACGGAGGGGCUGGGGCCCCAGGUCACUGGAAGUUACACCUGACAGAUCGGGCAGAUUUCCAGUACACUCAGAGGGAGCUGGAUACCAUGGAGGUGUUCUUGACCAAAAGCAAUCGGGGCAACCGUAUCAGCUGUAUGUAUGUCCGCUGUGCGCCGGGUGCUAGGUUUACGGUGCUCUUCUCCCAUGGCAACGCGGUGGACCUAGGCCAGAUGAGCAGCUUCUACAUUGGACUCGGUACCCGGAUCAACUGCAACAUCUUCUCCUACGACUACUCGGGCUAUGGAGUGAGCACAGGGAAACCCACGGAGAAGAACCUAUAUGCUGAUAUUGAUGCAGCCUGGCAGGCCCUGCGCACCCGGUAUGGCAUCAGCCCGGAGAACAUUAUCCUGUAUGGACAGAGCAUCGGCACUGUGCCCACUGUGGAUCUGGCUUCCCGCUACGAGUGUGCUGCUGUGGUGCUGCACUCACCCCUCACCUCCGGCAUGCGCGUCGCCUUCCCUGACACCAAGAAGACCUACUGUUUUGACGCCUUCCCCAACAUUGAGAAGGUGGCGAAGAUCACAUCUCCAGUGCUCAUCAUCCACGGCACCGAGGACGAGGUAAUCGACUUCUCCCAUGGCUUGGCGUUGUAUGAGCGCUGCCCUAAGGCUGUGGAGCCCCUCUGGGUGGAGGGUGCUGGCCACAAUGACAUUGAACUGUACAGCCAGUACCUGGAGCGCCUGCGCCGGUUCAUCUCCCAAGAGCUGACCAGUCAGCGCAACUGAGGGGCUUCCCCAACCUCCUGGCCCCCAUCCUAAGGGAUAGCCUGCCAGGGACUCACACCCGUGACUGUUGCUGGAGUUGGGACUGGACAAAUAGACAGGUCAGCAGCUUCUGGUUGCCACAAAUACAGAUGGAGCUCAAAGAUUUUGACAAGGUUGCUGAGAGGACCCAGUCGUUUGAGACAUGGGAACUCCUGGGGCCUUCCCCGGUGCCUACCACAGACUCUGCAAACUAAGGUUGGUCCUGGAAAGGGAAGGGGAAUUCUCCCCCCGCAUCCUCUCAACCCCUUUCUUUCCCUAUCUGGUGGCCUCUACCAGCAGGUGAGCAAAUUGCCCCUCCUCCUCCCCCGCCACCCCUACUGACCUGCAGCAGUGCCCCCUCCCUCCCUCCGCCAAUUCCUGCUCAUGCAGUUGGCCUGGGGCCUGCCCUAUGCUCAAGACAGGCUGAGCAAUCUCCCCUCAAAGACUCCCCCUGCUGCCCUCCUUUACUGCAACAAGAGCAAUAAAACGCCUGCCCAGAAUUGGGUGGCGCAUCUGGUGGCUGGGGCCUCCCUGUUGUACCUCACUGCUCCUGCCGCCCCAAGGAGCUGUUGACUUGCAUGUCACCCAUUGAAUAGCUUGCUCCACCUUACUGUCCCCUCCCAUCCCCAGAGAAGUCAACUCUUCCCCCAGCAGAGACAUGGGCCUGACCUCCGUCCACUUUCCCCAUCCCCAGUGACUCUCCCCAAAGGGAGACUUCCCUUACCACAGGAGCCCGUACUGGUGGGACAGCAGGAAAAGAAGGCCCAGGACUGCUCACUCUCUCCCCCCGCCCCCCAUAGUCCUUUAGCCUGCCCCCAUCAUGUACAGAUAUUUAGCUAAAUGAAGCUACAUCUCUCAAAUGGUUUUGGAAGCCAAAAGAAAAAGAAAGAAAGAAAUUAAAGGUUUAAAAUUUUACAACUUU